UUUCAGAUCUCAGUUCUCAACGAGAUGGUCACGACCAGUAGCGGAGGGGGUAUAGGGUACCCGGCAAACAACGGUGUCACACAGGUGUCUCUGAUUCACUCGUCGGAUUCUGUACGAACUGUUUCAACUGCCCCAAUAUACCGUCCGACGUCAUCAAUGGCAUCUACGAUGGCUCAUAAAUCUUCGACGGCUCCGUUCAUCUCCGCAAAUCAACGAAUGUCAAAACCGCCGGUUCGGGUGGUCGCUCAACCACCACCACCACAUCCACAAGCAUUGUCCCAACAGUAUCACCAGCAGAAUCCGAUGAUGAUGUAUUCCGCACCAAAUACACGACCACACGUUAUUCCGACAAUGCAAGUGCAACCGACAAUGGCCGCUCAAAUUAAACGAAAUAAUCCUGUUAAUGCACAGUUUCAGAACCCUUCUGAAAUGAUCGCCGAUUACGGUGUAAAACCGCAGUCAGUAGAAAUGGUGCAAAGAGUUCGAGCUGUUCGAAGACAAGUCGCCGACGAGGAGACCGAACUGCGAAGACUCAGAGAGCUUGAACACGAAACGGCACAGCUUCAAAAUAAGAAUUAUGGAAGAGAAAGAGAGUUGAAUGUGCAAGGAUCCAUGCUGAAAGAAGCUCAAUUAGAGUUGAGAAAUGCUUCAAUGAGGGCGCAAUCUUUAAACAAGCAUUUGGAAGAAAUGUACCGGAGAAGACAAACUGCAGCAGCGGCAGCGCUCGUGGAACAACGAAAAAUGCAGCAACAUCAGAUUCUUCUAGCCCGAGCUGCAAAUCAAGUAUCCACACAAGAAGUUAUAAGACCUCGUGCUUCUGUCGAACCAUUCCAAGUUAAUAAUACCCAACAGCAACAACCAUCACCUCAAAUGAUGAAAUCAGAAGAAUUUUCGGAGAAAAGAGAUUUGAAUGGACAAACUGGCAGUUAUGAUGCUAUCGAUGGAUCAGGAGAUCAUCAAAAAAUACCGACGGAGCCAUCGUACUUGGCACCAUGUAAAGAAAACCAGCAAAAAUACUCGGAGUUAAGUAAAAUGGCAUCUACGGAUCCUCAUUCAAAUCACAGUUCACCAUCAACUUCUUCGCAGAAAGCUCCGACGUUGAUCACAUUUUCUCCACCAAGUUUUGAACAGAAAAUCAACUCGUCUACAAUGACUCGGGAUUCUCCGUUCGUUGAGCGUCCAACAUCGUUUGGUGAUAGUCUAGACGAAUCACGACUGAGAAGUGGAAAGACUGAUUUGGUAUCACUUCGAUCAGAUUCCCUGAAAGCUACGAAACGUCGUUCUUGGGCUGCUUCCGAAGGUACUUCAAUGUCAGAGGCAGAGAUGAUUCAUAGGCUUCUUGAUGAACAACGUCGUGGGAGAUCACAUUUUAUUCCACAAUUGCCAACAUCACAAGAAGAACCAUCGGCAAUAACAUCAGAAACAUAUGCCGAAGAAGUUGUCAAUUCAGAAUCGAAACAAGUUGCUACAAGUUCGGAUUCCACUAAUAAUCUUGAAUUGCCAACCGAACAAAUGGUAUUAGGUAGUGAUACCACAACAGAAGAAGAUGCAAGUUCGUGUUCAACACGUUCUGAUGAUGGACAGAAUCUUGAAAUGGAAGUUGCGAUUGAAAGAAGAACUGUUAAAGGCAUUUUGAGAAGACCUAAUGAAAAGAUGAACAAAGGUCGCAUUGAAUUUGACCCAUUAGCACUCUUGCUCGAUGCUGCUUUAGAAGGAGAACUCGAUUUAGUGAGAAGCAGUGCCUCAAAGCUAACAGAUGUCUCACAGGCCAAUGAUGAAGGGAUUACGGCGUUGCACAAUGCGAUUUGUGCUGGACACUAUGAGAUUGUAAGAUUUUUGAUCGAGAACGACGCUGAUGUGAAUGCUCAAGAUUCCGAUGGUUGGACUCCACUUCAUUGUGCAGCUUCCUGUAAUAACCUUCCAAUGGUUAGACAACUUGUGGAAGGAGGAGGAUGCGUUCUCGCUUCGACACUAUCUGAUAUGGAAACACCUGUGGAGAAGUGUGAAGAAGAUGAAGAUGGUUAUGAUGGAUGUUUGAAGUAUCUUUCCGCAGCCCAUAACUCAACGGGAUCAAUUAAUACUGGAAAAGUUUACGCUGCUUAUGGAUAUGAGGCGGCAUUUGAAGAUGAGCUCAGUUUUGAUGCAGGAGAUGAAUUGACGGUUAUUGAGAAAGAUAAAGUCGAUAAAAAUUGGUGGACAUGUGAGAAGAACAAUGGAGAGAAGGGACAAGUACCAAGAACAUAUUUGGCGUUGUACCCAUCGUUAAAAUACAGAAAGAAGCUCAACUUUGUGAUGUUCGAUCUUCCAUUGGAAUCGAACAACAAUGUCGAAUAAUGGCUCGAUACAUAAAUCACAUGUUCCGGGUAUCUAGAAUCAAGUAUAAUGACCCCAUUCACUCUUACCUCUUUUCACAUGCAGCCUUAUUUUAGGCAUUUCUCAACAUUUCUCGUGUUCACGUUUAGCCUUACUAGUAGUAUCAUCUUCUCUUGCCAUUUCAUCUCAAAUCUGUGUGAAGAACCCUACUUCAUCCAACCUUUGACACUUCUGUCUUUCGUACUAUGUACUCAUCGGUGACUGUUCCACCCCCGUUUUAGUGCCUUUCAUGUAAACCUUGUUUGAUUUUUUCCCACACGCUCACCGCCGCAAGUAUGUAAAAUCAAUCUGAAACUCACCGUCUUAUGUAUCUACUUUUUAUAUAUUAUUAUUAUUUUUCCCUGAAUAACUUUUAAAUAUAUAAAAUUGAAAUCAACUUUA